GCCAGGCUCCACUCUUCACAUCCCACAUCCAUCCACCCACCACACCGCCACCCAUCCGUCCCGUCCCACACCGCCCCCUCCAGCCCCCUGCACACGCCCAAUCCAACGCGCAGCCAGCUCAAAGCCACAGUCGGAAAGCGGCUUCUUUUUUUCGCCACGCAAACAUCCGGCCUUGGGUGGGAUCAAUCUCAUCUCAAGCACUGUUUGGUCCCGUUUUUGCUCCCAUCCACCUCCUCUUUAUGAGUACAACCCCCAACUGGACCCCGCAGAACGAGCCCUACUACUGGAAUAACCAGCCAUAUACCCAGCCCAGCACAGCGUACCCCACUGUCACUGUCAAGCAGGAACCCACAGAUCACGAAAUGAGCGCGGCAGGUGUUUUGGCAAUGUCGCUGCCUGCACCCCAUACUAUGCAGAGCUCCUAUCACGAUGGAUGGAACGGUAAUCGCGUCUACAACGAGUCUCUUGCCCAUAUACAGAUGCCUCCCCAGCAGCAAUACUCUCAGGCGCCCGCCCCUUCGCGCUUCAAGCACCUUCUCAGCAUGAAGAUGGCUGCCGAGAAGCAGCAGCAGGCCGCCGACCCCGUGCCCACUGCAGAGCAAGUCGCGCAGAACGAUGCUCAGCAGCUCCAGAUGGCCGCGUCUUUUGCGCGCGUCAACGCGAACGAUACGGUCUUCCACAAGGAUUUUGCUAGCAGGCACUAUGUUGGUGUGAACGUGGAGGCUAUGGCCAAGCCUGUAGACCAGGGUCCCGCCCCUCAACCAUUCUCGCGUCCUGCUCCGUCCUAUCCCGCGCCGUCCACUCCCCAGCAGCCCCAAAACUACCAAUACAACUCGAUGCCCCCGCCUCAGAACAUGAUGUACACUGCCCAAGCGGCUCUGUUCAGUGUACCCCCUGCGCGCUCGCCUAUGGCCCCUACGCCCGUCCACCAAGCUCCGCCUCAGCAGCCGGGGCAAGCUCAGCAGGCAUACUGGGACAUGCAGGUCAAGACCGAGUACACUGAACCAGUGUACGACCAGCCGCCCGAGCCCGAGUCGAUCGUCUCUAUCCAGCUUCCUACCCGGGGAAUCUACUAUGCGUCUUCUGGGGAUGUGCCGUCCACCUUGAACGGUCUUGCUGGGGAUGGCUGGGGUUCUGCCGACAAUGGUUCAGGCGGGCAAGAGAAGGGUGGACAUGAAGGGCAUGAUCAUGGACAUGGGAAUGGCGAUGAUGGUUUGGGUGGAGACAGAGGUAAUGGAGGGUACGGAGGUAGUGAAGGUGACGGGAGCGAUCAGGGAAAGCAUGGGCGGGGCAAGGGCAGAAAACUGUCUCUAGCUUGUCAUUUCUGCAGGCGCAGAAAGCUCAAGUGCGAUGGUACCAAGCCCGUUUGCGAUACCUGCACCAAGCGAGGCGAGACUUGUACGUGGGACGAACACGUCCGCCGACGAGGACCCGGUAAAGCCACGAAAGAACGGCGCGAAAAGGCUGCGCGCGAAGCGCUUGCUGCCGGGCUCACCAACAAUGACUCGCUGCACAACCGUCCUUCCGUCGCGGGACCUUCGUCUUCCUACGGCGCGUCCGACCUCCCGCAAGGCCUUGACGGAGGCAUGGAGCACCAUCACCACCACGAACACCACGGUGAAAACCCACACGGUAUCCCCCAACCCGACCCUUCGCACGCGCAUGAGCAAGGGCACGAACACGAGCUCAACCUCGAUAUCGACCCGACGCUCAUUGCGCUCAGCGCUGUGAUGCCCGAGACGCUUGCCGAGCUGGAAGUCAAGGCGGAUGGAGGAGAAGGGGUGCAUGUGUAUGAGAGUCUCGAGGGGCAGCACAACCACAACCAGAAUGGGCAUGUGCAGCAUCAGCUGGAGCAUGGGCAGGGCCUGUCGGCGGCAGAGAUGGAGGCGCAGGCGAAAGCUGCGCUGGACCAACUCCCUCCGCAUGUCCAGCCCCACCUUGCGCCUCGCUCUCCCGAGCCCGAGCCCGAGGCCAAACGCUUCGAUGAGGACGAGGAGGACGACCUGCCGGCGCUGCCGCAGGACCACUUUGAGAUUGAGGAUCUGUCGGCGCAUGUGAUUGGGCAGAAACGGGGCGCAGAGGAUGAAGGUCUGGAUGAGGGGGUGAAGAGGUUGAAGGCUGACGAGGUGCUUGUGUCGGGAGGACAGGAGGGUAAUUAGACUUGGGUAUAAGGUCACUUUUUCCAGGAUUGGAUUUGUUACAUGCUAGGUGUUCUUUGUAUCGGAUGACAUGGUAUACAUGCUUCUCAUGUCGCG